AGUUUUCAUGAAAGUAUGGAAGGAAAUAGGCGACCCUUCUUUAAGAAACUCCCUAACACACAAUUUAAGAAAAAGGGAGGUGCCAAAAGAGGAAAGUGGUCUAAUUCUAGUCGGGAACAAUCUUCUGGUAAUUCCCACACUUCAGAUACUGUUUAUCGGAUACUCUGCCAUUCUAGAAAGAUUGGUAGUGUUAUUGGAAAAGGUGGAAGCAUAGUCCAAGCCCUUAGGGAAGAGACCCUGGCAAAGAUUACGGUUGCUGAUUCUGUCCCCGGAUCAGAUGAGAGAGUGAUAAUCAUAUAUAGUCCUUCUACAAAGAUUUAUGAAAAACACAACAGUGAUGAUGAUCAGGAUGCAGCCACAGACAAAGGAGGUGAUCCCACGGAGCCACAUUGCCCGGCACAAGAUGCUCUCUUGAAAGUUCAUGACAGAAUUAUUGAGGAAAACCUUGUUGGUGGAAUGGAAGAUGAAGAUGGUAAUGAAAAUGUAGUCACGGUCACUGCACGCCUUCUUGUUCCAAAUAAUAUGGUAGGAUGUCUUCUAGGAAAAAAAGGGGAUGUCAUUCAGAGAUUGCGAAGUGAUACGGGCGCAAGUAUUCGUGUUCUUCCGGCAGAACAUCUUCCUUCCUGUGCUGAGAGCACUGAUGAAUUAGUGCAGAUAUCAGCAAAACCAGCAGCUGCGAAGAGGGCCCUUUAUGAAGUUUCCACUCUAUUGCAUCAGAAUCCAAGAAAGGACAAACCUCCUUCGAGCUUCCCCAUGCCCCAUCGGGGCCAAGGUUUUCAUCCUCCUGGUCCUCCUAUGGCAAAUAUGCCCCCACCAGGAAAUCCUAUGUGGUCUCAGCGGCAUUCUAACUCCCAUGAUAUGCCACAAAUGCCUUGGAUGGGAGGAUAUGGAAACCAGCCUUCUCCAUUUGGGCCAGGUGGUUUCGAUGGUGGUCCUCCUAUGCACGGUGGUGAAGUUCCAAGUGAAUUUUCUUUGAAGAUCUUGUGCUCAGCUGGGAAAAUUGGUGGAGUCAUUGGCAAGGGAGGCUUCAACGUAAAACAGUUACAACAGGAGACAGGAGCUAGUAUUCAUGUCGAGGAUGCAUUGGCAGAGUUGGAGGAACGUGUGAUUCGUGUUUCUUCUUUUGAGGCCCUGUGGAACCCAAGAUCACAAACUAUUGAGGCCAUUCUUCAGCUUCAAAACAAAACAAGUGAAUUCUCUGAAAAAGGAAAUCUUACUACAAGACUUCUUGUUCCAUCAAGUAAGGUUGGCUGCAUUCUUGGACAAGGAGGUCAUGUAAUCAAUGAGAUGAGACGGAGAACCCAGGCAGACAUACGUGUUUACUCCAAGGAAGAUAAGCCCAAAUGUGCAGCCGAUGAUGAAGAGCUUGUACAGAUAUCUGGAAACUUUGGUGUAGCGAAAGAUGCUCUGGCAGAAGUUGCAUCAAGACUUAGAGCACGAUGUCUGCGAGAUGCCAAUGCUGGAGCUGAACCUGCUACAGUUGGGCCAGUUAAGGGAUUUG